GCUUUCACCCGUCCACGACGGCCGCACCGCAGACGCUGGGUUAUCGCUCGCCAUUUCUGCGCGAACCACGUUUCUAUCACUGCUGUGAAUUUGCAAACUUGUGACCAGAGCUCGACUGGUGGUUUGGAUUUGACGUGACUGAUCGUGUGAACAUAGAGCGCUUCCGCUGUUCAAGAAGGACCCGCACAGCCGCUCAUUGCUUUCGCACUUUUAUCACUUUCCCCACAGUUCUAAGAGUCAAUACACAGACUAUACAAAAAAAAAUGAACCAAAAAGCUCGGCAAAGAUCGCCUCGAGGGAAUUCAGUACAUCGCGAGGCAUCUGUUGAGCAUUCUCCGCGCCGGCAAUGUCGUGAGCCAUCACCAGUGGGUUCGUCCUCGUCUCCUAUGCGGCGAGAUGGUCAAUGUACGCGUCACCCAGUCACGAGGAAAGGCAGUGGCGGCAGAUCGCGCAAGAAACAAGAACGAAGGAGACGCGCGAAUUCUCCGCCAGACAGGAAUUCGAUACAAGAUGAGGGACGACUGCCAUGGACCGACUAUCUCUGUGGCGAGAUGACGGAUAAUCAGGUGCUCGCCCAACUCGGCCGAAUCAUCGACGAAGAAGGACCAAAGAGAACGAGCACGGAUAUAGGCGUAACGCUGGGCAGCUGCUUUGUCGCCGUAGGGGGACUUCACCCGCCCAUCACAAAGAAGUCACUCAGCGAACUCGAUAUCAACGCAAUCAUCGUCAACCCGAAAUUACGCCACGAUGUCAACUUUGAUCGUGAACUUCACUUUCGACCAAAUCUGGACGGGGACCGGGGAAAAGAGAAGAUUCGCGAAGCGGAAAGGUACUGGCUGGCGUUGGAAGCAGAAUUGGAGCUCUACAACAUCCUUUUUCAGAGGGCUGUUAUAGAACGAGAACCUAUCUGGCUCCCGAGAUGCACCAAAAUGAGCAUGCGACGGGUGCCAAUCAUGUUCGAAACCAUCAGAGAUAUCUUGCAGAAUCUGGUCCCGGAACGUGACCAGGCGAGAAUAGAGGAGCAAUUAGAUCAACAGAUGUUGAUGCAGCAAAUCGGAAAAGGCCUAUGCGAUCUGGUUAGUCUUUCACAAUGGCUCUCGCAUCUUCUGAAAGCUCAUUGCGCACCAAUGCGCGAUGUUUGGGUGGAUAAGAUGGUUCAGCAGACGAAGAAAGGCGUCGAGGAAGGAAGCGCAAAGUGUAUUGUGGAUGGGUUGAGGGAGCUGCUUGGCAUACUGGAGGCAAUGAAGCUGGACGUAGCUAAUCACCAGAUUCGCCAUCUUCGAGCUUUACUGAUAGAUGACACGGUGAAUUUUGAAAGAAAGUAUCAGGUAAAUCGAAUCCCGAUUCCAAAGAAAAUCAAUGCUGCUGAAUGUCGAGCUUGGUAUGCGCGUGCACAAAAAGGACAUCAGUACGGCUUACCCCCUUCGGCGACAUUAUACCCGCGUGCUCCUAGAUUGGCGACAUCACAACCACAUUUCGUUGCCUUUUACCGUGCUCUCUUGCACCAUCUCCUAGUCGAGUGUCCAGCAUCACGUCCAGACUCAUUCUAUUUAGAUACAGAACGCCUUCGUAUCAUCCAGUCAGAGUUACACAAUCAGGUGUAUUUUGACCUUUGCUGCGCGGUGUUUCAGGUUAUCAUCGAUGACAUUGUCAAAUGUUGCUUAAAUUCACAGCCUGUGGUCCAGCAUUUGAGUCUCUCUGCAUUGAGGACUGCACUUCUCACCAUAAUAUCUGGGGUAGGAGAGGCCACGAAACAAUGGCAGAAGAAUAUUCCUAACCUCGCUGUCGAAAUCGUACGACAUGCGCUUGCGGCAUGUGGCUUUACGAAGCAGUACGACGCCGGGUUGGUUACCAUUGCAGAACAGCUGCUUACUGAGAAGUUUGGAUCUCACUUCCCAAACUAUUUUGAACUCCAAGCCCUGAAGUUGAUGGGCGAUUUCUUUCCCGUUUGCCUGGAGAUUGCCGAACGACACAUCAGCGCCAGCCCAAUCGACCUCUUCAACGCUCUCAUAGCACCAUCAUCCUUGCCAUUGAUGGUAGUGCCACCACCUCCACCGCCGCCGGUCGUGUCAUCGAAACAUGCCCUCCAACACUCUGCUAAGGCAGCUUCUCAUGCUUCGAGUCAACGAAAUUUACCUCUAUCGUUAUUGCCGUCUCCUGUGCAGCCUUCGACAGCUCCACCUCAUCUGAUCGAUAUUGCACGCAGGUUGACCCACAUUGCCAUCUUGCACUGGCAAGUUUGGGCACCAAUCCUUUAUCUCAAGAUUGAUGAGCCUGAGCUUCCAAGUCUGUCGUCCAACAAUGCGUCCAGCACAACUUCCAGCUGUGCCUCAACACCCAUCAGCUCACAGGCCACGCACACAUUCCCAUUGGCAGUCCGCACGCGUAGCGCAACUGUAGAUGCCCACACCCUACAAGCCCCAGCAAGUGCCUCCGCGUCAGACGUUGACAGUAGCAAGCCGCUCCGCACACCCGGGGUUACCACCGAUGCUGCAAACAUGGCUUCGGGUCCAGGAGAGCCCGGAGAAAACGCACAUCACACACAUCAGCAACUACUCCCAGAAUGACCAGCUUCUCGAACCUCGACAUCAUUCCCGGUCGCGGUUUCCUUGUACAUAGAUCCAAGAUCGACACCACAACGAAUUUCCUUUGUCGUGCAUAGCGUAGAUACCUCAUUUUCAUUUACUGCAUUCUGUUUCGGUAUCUCAUCAUUUCAUACUAUUUCUGUUCCACAACAUCUUUCCAGGGGUUUCUCUCAUACGACAUCUGUAAAUCACGCAUGUUUUACCAGUCGGCUUUACACACUAGAUUGGCGUUUGGGUCCUGGCUCGUCCCGGCUGCAUAGUCGUAGGUGUACAGCUUACACCAUUGUAAUACCCCUGUUCUCAUUUUCUGUUCCCUCUCUUUCAGCUAUUCAAAAUUGCA